UUAUACUCAUUCUUUAUCCACUUUCAUUUUCUCAACCAGCUCUAACCAAUUCCAAUUCCUAUCAAUAUUCUUUAAUAUCCAUUAAUCCAUCAUGGCUGCUGUUGUAAUGAAAAGUCCAACCAAAGGAUUUGAUGAGAUGAUGACUUCAUUCAACAUGAAUGAAUUAAGAACCAAUCUCCCUCAAAACAGAAGAGGAUUAUCAAGGUAUUAUUCGGGGAAAUCUCAAGCAUUUACAUGUUUAUCAGACGUGCAAAGUAUUGAAGAUUUGAAGAAACAACAAGCACCUGAUCAGGCAAAGAAAAGGAAGAAAUACCCAGGGGGAGCUUCAGCAGCAUCAAUGGUUCCUCGAUUUCCUUGUCGAAGAGUUCUAACCAUUGUGCUCAGCUUGUUAUAGGUGUUUGAUUAGCUAUACAAACCCACGCAGCAUCAAUGGUUCCAUCCCUCGAAUUUCCUUGUCGUCGAGUUUCAUGCUUUAACCAUUGUGCUGAACUUGCUAUUGGUGUUUGAUUAGCUAAACAAACCCAGGCAGAUCGAAAAGAUGUUAAGAAGAGAAAUGUCCUGAACGAAGAUCUUUAAAAUUUUGUACAAAUUAAAAUUAAUUUUGGGAUUUUGUUGAAUUUUUUUGUAUAUUAAAAUAAAUAUUUUGUUUUGUUGGAUUUCUUAAUUAUGUUCAA